AUUAACAAUUAUGGCAAAUAGUAGUUAAGUGUAAUCCAACGAAAUUGGAUGCGGACAGGGUGUAAAUUUGUAUCUUAAGUAUAUUUCCUUGUUCGCAAAAAAAAAAAAAAACGAAAACGAACAAAAUGAAAAGUGUCAAUUUAAUUGUAUUGUUGUUGGGUAGUUUAUGCCAAGUGUCCUUAUCCCAAAACUGGCAACAAGCUGAUCAGCCAGGAUUUGAAGAUUACUUUUGCGUCGACACAUGCAAUACAGAUUUCGGAUCGGGCCGAGAACUUAUUCGACCACCACGAUUUUUGCUAAAGAAACUUUUUAAAAAAUGGGGUAAAUGGUUUCGAGAGGAUUGUGUUUCGUGCUGUCAAAAAGAUGCCGGUUAUUCGGGUGGUUCGGCAGGUGAUGGCGAUGGAACUCCAUGUAGUGCAAAUAAUUAUCAAAAUUCUAACAAUUAUGGUGGUGGUGGAUCGAGUGGUGGAUAUGAUUCAAAUGUCCCCACAUCAAAUUCAAACUACGGAAAUAACAAUAAUAAUGGUCAAAAUUAUGACAGCAGUUACGGCUAUGAUGAUCAAUAUUCAGCACCGGAUAUUCCUAUAAAUGGUAAUUAUGGUCAUUUGUAUUUACCAUUGCCACAUCCUCAUCGAAUUAUGACCCAUUUGCAUGGUUAUAUGAAUAAUAAGCCAUUUCGUGGUGGUUAUUCUGGAGCCAAUAGUCAAUCUAAUGUGUAUCCUCCUAAGGAGGCUUAUGUAGAUGAAGUUGUGCCAAUUGUUGAGCCGGAAGUGGAAACAAAUGAUGCUACAGGUGAUUAUGAGACUCCAGCAGCAGAAGUUAUAGAAGAAAGUGAUGAUAGUUCGUAUACAAGUGAUGUGAUUGAAGAACAAAAAAAUAAUGAAUAUGACAGUUAUAGUAGUUAUAAAGGUGAAUCGAAAGAAUCAGGUUCAGGAGGGAUUACACAAAUAAUACAACCUAUUGUGCCAGUUUAUAUUUAUCCACCGAAUUAUUCAGAUUCUGGUUCUGAAUCUUCUUACAAAAAGAAAUCUGACAGCGGAAAGUCAUCAUACGAGGGGGAAUCGUCAUAUGGGGAAAAGUCGUCAUAUGAAGAAAAGUCAUCAUAUGAAGAAAAGCCAUCAUAUGGAGGAGAAUCCUCACCCAAGAGUCCACCAGCUGAAUCAUCGAGCUCAUAUGAAACCCCAUCAACACCAGCUUCUCAACCACCAGCUGCAAUUACUCUUUAUGCAAUAACACCAAACUCUCCACAAGCUCCUUCAUAUUCACCACAAGCUCCUUCGUAUUCACCACCUGCUUCAUCAUAUUCACCACCAGCUGCAUUCUAUUCACCAUCAGUUCCAUCCAAUACACCCGCUAUCCAAGCAUAUCUAACACCAAUUUCAGCAUACUCUCCACCAUCAUCAUCAUACUCUCCACCUCCAUCAUCUUACUCUAAACCAGCUUCAUCAUCAUAUUCAACUCCAGCAUCAUCAUCUUCGCCGCCACCUGGUUCAUAUGCAAUAAUUCUAAUACAACCAGCAAAAUCAUCCAACUCACCAACAUAUUCAUCAUCGGCUCCAGCGUAUUCGCCAGCAGCUCCUUCUUAUUCACCAGCCGCUCCUUCAUACUCACCUCAAGCUAUAUCAUAUUCGCCACCAGCUCAAUCAUAUUCACCACCACCGCCAUCCUACUCAUCAGCACCUCAAUCAUACUCACCAGCCGGUUCAUCUUACUCUCCACCAUCCUCAUCAUACUCUCCACCAGCUCCAUCAUACUCAUAUUCUCCACAAGCUAAUUCAUACGCUCAAAUAGCACCAUCAUACUCACUACCAGCUCCAUCAUACUCUCCACCAGCUUCAUCAUAUGGUCAACCGUCAUCAUCAUACUCUCCAGCAGCUCCAUCAUACUCUCCAUCAUACGGACAUUCAGUUCAAUCAUAUUCACCACCAACUCCAUCAUAUUCACCACCAACUCCAUCAUAUUCACCACCAGGUCCAUCAUACUCUCCGCCAAGUUCAUCAUACGGACAUCCCGUACCAUCAUAUUCACCACCAACUCCAUCAUACUCCCCACCACCUCCAUCAUACUCCCCACCAGCACCAUCAGCCUACUCACAACCUUCACCCCCAACGCAGUCAUAUUGCGAUUCGAGUCCUUCCAAUUGCGGUUCCGCCGCGCCAUAUUACAAACGAACUUAUUCAACAUCUCUGACGUACGUGUAUCCACCAUGCAGCGCACCCUCAUACGAAAACGACCAGAACAUGCGAUCGUGCCCGGAAUUAUUUUCAUCAUACACAUCGGAUCACCAAUCGACUCCCUCAUCUCCAUACUAGACAGUCAACGCGCAGAUUGCCAUACUCACAUGGUCACAGACGCGACUUGUAAUAUGCCUUUGUAAAGAGUUAUUUAUUAUUAUCUGAGAAGUUGAUAGCUGAUUUUUUUUUUAUAAUUUUUUUAUACCGUAUUCUUAAAAUAGAAAAUAAAAAUAAAUACAAAAAUAAAAC